AUGGGCGUGGCACUGACCAGGUCUGCGCAGUGGACUGCUGCGGGGCAUGGGGCUAAGACCCUGGAAGUGACUCCUCUCAAUGAGGCUAUAGUGAAGGAAAUCGUGAUGUUUGUGGAGAGUUUUAUCUAUAAAUAUCCCCAAGAGGCAAACUAUGUUUUUGUAGAACCGCUGGAAUGGAAAACAAAUUUGGACCCCUCAGCAUUUGGAUCAGGCUAUGCUGUCAGUGGAACAACAGUCAAAUCAGAAGAAGUUGAUAAAAAUGGAGAGCCUUUGCUAUAUCUCUCUGUACCACAAAUUAAAAUUAGGAGCUUUGGGCAGCUGUCACGUAUGUUAUACAUUGCUAAAAGUAUGAAGCUGAAGGAAGCACAAGCGUGUAUUGAAGCAAACACAAAUCCGGUGGCAAAAGUCUUGGGCUUGGAUUAUAAUAUAAUAAAUGAAAAAAAUGGAAACUCAUUUGUAUCUAGUGUUCUUGACAAAAUGAACAAAGAUGAUGAUCCUGAACGUGAGAUUAAGAUGAAGAUUGCCUUGCAACUCAAGCAACUGGAUCUGCACUUACUCAAUCAUUCUCUGAAACAUAUUUCCUUAGAAAUACGAUUAAAUUCAGGGACUGUGAAGAAUGACAUAGAGCUGCUUAAACAGUUCUCAGGAAAGGGAGAACAGACAGUCUUGGAAUCUAUCGAGUACACCUCAGAUUAUGAAUUUUCAAAUGGAUGUCGAGCCCCACCUUGGAGACAGAUUCAAGGCGAAAUUUGUUACGUGCUGGUGAAACCUCAUGAUGCUGAAAUUUUGUGCAUUACUUGCAGCAAAGAAGGAGUGUUUUUAAAUGGUGGCAAAACAGAUGAUGAAGGGCAAAUUAAUUAUGAGAGAAAAGGAGAAAUUUAUAAAGACCUUGUCACACUUUUAAAAGAAAAAUCAGCAAUAUUUUCAGAAAAUAUGUCUAAACAGGAAGUUAAAUUCAGUGAACAACUACAAAAGGAUCAGCCUAACAAGGCACCUAACGAGGAAGUGGCUGUUACACAUAAAACUAGUAUUACUUCCCGCAGGAGUGCACAGGAGAAGAACCGAAUUAAUCUGGGAAGGAGUCAACUGACCAAGAGAUUAGAGCCAAGUUUAAACUGGAGGACCAGUGUCAGUUCCAAAGACAGAAAUACACUAAGAGACACCCAAGUAGAAAAACAUGGAGGAAAACUUGAAAAGUCCAGAUCAUCUCUUUCACCUGGAAGAGCACAGUUAAUGCGCAAGAGUGUUGAAAAGAUUGAGGAAAUUAUUAGUGACAGCUCCUCAGAAAGUGAGGAAGAUGAAGAACAACCUGAUCAUCGUCAGGAAGCAAAUGCAGAUUUGCCAUCAGAAUAUUGGCAAAUUCAGAAGCUGGUGAAAUAUUUGAAGGGAGGAAAUCAGACGGCUACCGUGAUUGCAUUGUGUUCAAUGAAGGAUUUUAACUUAGCACAAGAGACCUGCCAGUUGGCGAUCAGGGAUGUUGGAGGCCUUGAAGUUUUAAUAAAUUUACUUGAGACAGAUGAAGUCAAAUGUAAGAUUGGUUCAUUAAAAAUCCUGAAGGAAAUCAGUCAUAAUCCUCAAAUCAGACGUAAUAUUGUUGACCUUGGGGGCUUACCAGUUAUGGUUAACAUACUUGAUUCUCCACAUAAGAGUCUGAAAUGCUUGGCAGCUGAGACAAUUGCGAAUGUUGCCAAGUUUAAGAGGGCCCGGCGGGUGGUGAGACGCCAUGGAGGCAUCACCAAGCUGGUCGCUCUGCUUGACUGUGGGAAGCAUUCUGCAGAACCUGCUCAGUCCAGCCUGUAUGAGACCCGAGACGUGGAGGUGGCCCGCUGCGGGGCGCUGGCACUGUGGAGCUGCAGCAAGAGCUAUGCGAACAAAGAAGCCAUUCGUAAAGCAGGAGGCAUCCCUUUGCUGGCUCGGCUCCUGAAGACUUCUCAUGAAGACAUGCUCAUCCCGGUGGUGGGGACGUUGCAGGAAUGUGCCUCAGAGGAAAACUACCGAGCUGCAAUCAAAGCUGAAAGGAUAAUUGAAAAUCUGGUAAAGAACCUGAACAGUGAGAAUGAGCAGCUGCAGGAGCAUUGUGCCAUGGCCAUCUACCAGUGUGCGGAAGACGAGGACACCCGCGACCUGGUUAGGCUGCAUGGAGGACUUAAACCCCUGGCCUCCCUCCUCAACAACACUGACAACAAAGAACGGUUGGCCGCUGUCACAGGGGCCAUAUGGAAAUGUUCCAUCAGCAAAGAGAAUGUGACCAAAUUUCGGGAGUACAAAGCCAUUGAAACCCUGGUGGGACUUUUAACUGACCAGCCCGAGGAAGUGCUUGUGAAUGUGGUUGGUGCGUUGGGAGAAUGCUGCCAAGAACACGAGAACAGAAUCAUCAUCCGGAAAUGUGGUGGCAUCCAGCCACUUGUGAACCUCCUCGUUGGGAUAAACCAAGCUUUACUUGUCAAUGUCACAAAAGCAGUUGGUGCUUGUGCGGUGGAGCCCGAAAGUAUGAUGAUAAUUGAUCGCUUAGAUGGGGUUCGUUUGUUGUGGUCCCUGCUGAAAAAUCCUCACCCGGACGUGAAGGCCAGUGCAGCUUGGGCCCUCUGUCCCUGCAUCCAGAAUGCAAAGGAUGCUGGAGAAAUGGUUCGUUCCUUCGUUGGUGGUUUGGAACUUGUUGUCAAUUUACUGAAAUCAGAAAAUAAAGAAGUGUUGGCGAGUGUAUGUGCUGUUAUUACCAAUAUAGCAAAAGAUCAAGAAAAUUUAGCUGUUAUCACAGAUCAUGGAGUUGUUCCUCUACUGUCCAAGCUAGCAAAUACAAAUAACGACAAACUGAGGCGUCACCUAGCAGAAACGAUUUCACGUUGCUGUAUGUGGGGCAGAAACAGAGUGGCCUUCGGCGAGCACAAGGCAGUGGCUCCCUUAGUGCGGUACCUGAAAUCAAAUGACACCAACGUGCACAGAGCAACAGCCCAAGCCUUGUACCAGCUCUCGGAAGAUGCCGACAACUGCGUUACCAUGCAUGAGAACGGCGCCGUGAAGCUUCUACUGGACAUGGUUGGGUCACCUGAUGAGGAACUCCAGGAGGCCGCUGCAGGUUGUAUAUCCAACAUUCGCAGGUUGGCUCUUGCUAUCGAAAAGGCGAGAUACAGUUGAACCUGAAUGGACAUGACAGCUACCAAAUUUUACAUGACACGGUACAUGUCCCUCC